UCAAGCGCGCUCUCUCACAGUCACUGAGCACCACAUUCUACACACCUCGCUGUUCCCAUACCAUCCAUUCACUCACAUCACAUGUUUCAAAUUUUCAAUCACAAAACAAACUUAUUAUUUAUUAACCCCCAAAAAAUAAAAGAAAUAUUUUAACUUUUAAUUAUCGAAAUUGAACCACCGUUUCUUUCUUUCUUUUCACUGUUGGUCACCAAUGGCGACGGCACCGUUAUUUUCGCCGUCGACUCCAAUCUCUGCUCGGCGCUGCUACUCGACGCGAGCGCAAGCCUUCAAAACGACGACGUCGAUUAAGAAGGGACGCGUGGUAGGGAAUUUGGGACACUUGGGCGAGGUGGUUCGCAAGGACGUGGAUUUUCUGAAGAAAGGUAUAAGAAGAGGAAUGGAGUGGGCGAACGAAGCUCUUCAAGUUCGUCGUGUAUCCAAAACCCUAGACGACCUCUUGUGGCUUCGCCACCUCGAAGAGCCUCAGGCUCCUACAUUGGAGCCUCGGCCUUGGCCUCAACCUUGCUAUCCAGAAUUGUCUGGUGUGGAUUUGUUCAUGGCUGAUCUCAAAGCGUUGGAGGCUUACGCUGGUUAUUUCUACUAUCUUUCUAAGAUUUGGUCUAAGCCGCUUCCUGAAGUCUAUGAUCCACAAUAUGUUGAUGACUAUUUUGGUUGCAGGCCUCAUCUAGUGGCUUUUCGACUUCUUGAGGUAUUUUCCUCCUUUGCAUCUGCUGCAAUCAGAAUUCGAGCCUCUGGGAUUAGAAAGUACUUAAAAUUGAGAUCAGAUAAGGAUAUUGACGGGAACAUAUCACAAUACAAAUUUGGAAUGGUGUUAAAAGAGACAAUGCUAAGCCUGGGUCCCACCUUCAUCAAAGUUGGUCAGUCCCUUUCCACAAGGCCAGAUAUUAUUGGUACUGAGAUUUCCAAGGCAUUGUCUGAGCUGCACGAUCAAAUACCUCCUUUUCCCAGGAAUGUCGCUAUGAAAAUUAUUGAGGAGGAAUUUGGUUCUCCUGUGGAAUCAUUCUUUAGCUACAUCUCUAAUGAACCUGUAGCUGCAGCGUCAUUUGGUCAGGUCUACCGUGGGAGUACUCUUGAUGGAGUUAGUGUUGCUGUGAAAGUUCAGCGUCCUAAUUUGCGUCAUCUGGUUGUGCGGGAUGUCUAUAUUCUUCGCCUUGGGCUGGGGCUAUUGCAAAGGAUAGCAAAGAGAAAAAGUGACCUCCGCUUAUAUGCUGAUGAGCUUGGGAAAGGUUUGGUUGGGGAAUUGGAUUACACUUUAGAGGCUGCAAAUGCUACAAAGUUUCUGGAAGCUCAUUUGCCCUUUCCAUUUAUUCGUGUGCCAAAAGUGUUUCAACAUUUGACUCGAAAGAGAGUUUUGACUAUGGAGUGGAUAAUUGGUGAAAGUCCAACUGAUUUACUUUCUGUAUCUACUGGAAACUCCAUUGAUCAUGGUUCUCGAUAUACAGAGAGGCAGCAAUUUGAUGCGAAAAGGCGUCUUCUUGAUCUGGUGAACAAAGGAGUGGAGGCAUCAUUAGUUCAACUCCUUGAAACAGGCUUAUUGCAUGCUGAUCCACAUCCAGGAAACUUGCGUUACACAUCCACAGGGCAAAUAGGGUUUCUGGAUUUUGGUUUGCUAUGUCAGAUGGAAAAGAAGCAUCAAUAUGCUAUGCUUGCAUCCAUAGUGCACAUAGUAAAUGGGGAUUGGGAAUCCCUUGUUCGUGCUCUGACUGAAAUGGAUGUUGUGAGGCCAGGGACUAACAUCCGACGUGUUACAAUGGAUCUGGAAUAUGCCUUGGGAGAAGUAGAAUUUAGAGAUGGAAUUCCUGAUGUGAAGUUCAGCAGGGUUCUGGGAAAAAUCUGGUCUGUGGCCCUCAAAUAUCAGUUUCGCAUGCCACCAUACUACACCCUUGUCCUGCGUUCUCUUGCUUCCUUGGAAGGUUUGGCAGUAGCAGCAGAUAAAAAUUUUAAGACAUUUGAAGCUGCAUACCCAUACGUUGUUCAGAAACUUCUCACUGAUAAUUCAGCUGCAACAAAGAGGAUUUUACAUUCGGUUGUCUUAAACAGAAAGAAGGAAUUCCAGUGGCAGAGGCUUGCUCUCUUCUUAAGAGUAGGUGCAACUAGGAAAGGCUUGCCCAAGGUGAUAGUAUCAAACAAUGAGACUUCCCUUGACUAUGUACCAAAUAGGGAAUAUGAUGUUGCAAACUUGAUCUUGAGGCUUUUACCAUCUAAAGAUGGUGCUGUGCUAAGAAGACUCUUAAUGACUGCAGAUGGAGCUUCACUAAUCCAAGCAAUGGUUUCCAAGGAGGCCAAAUUCUUCCGCCAGCAACUCUGCAGGGUCAUUGCUGACAUAUUGUACCAAUGGAUGUGCGAAGCACUUGGACAAGAUGUUAGAAUAACCCAAUACAGUUCCCAGGUGAGAUUAGUGACGGGACCUGACAACAGAGAGCUACGUCCAUCUUCCAGAUUAUCUACACCCAUAUGUGAUUAUAAGUCCAUCUUGAGAGAUCGGCGGCUCAAAGUAAUUUUUCUGGCGGUACUAAACUCCAUGAGGAGAGAUCUGGUAUUGACCGUGAGGUUCUGCUGGGCUUCCUUUGUAAUGUUUGUCACAGCUUCUGCUUUGGCUUGUCAUCGGAUUUUAGUCUCUUUGUCCGAAACUUACAUUGGACCAGUACCAUUUGCUCCCAGGCAAUUUGCUGUCAGUGCUUGAUAUUUCAUCAAACCCUUUCAAAAAGCCUCUUUUGAAGAAAGAUUGAAUGCAGACAUCAUCACCUGGAGUGCAUCUUUAACCCUUCAGUAAUUUUAUAAAACUAAGAUGAUCAGAGCUACUCUUUUGGAAAAAAGGCCGACAAGUAGAUAGUGUAUAUGGCUUACUGUCAGAUUUAUGGUUUGAGUGCCACACUGAUAUCUGUGUUGCUACUUGCUCUCAGAUCCAAAAUAUGUUCCCUGUAUUCAAAAAAAAAAAUUUGGGUUACAUCAAUGUUGAUAUUGGUGAUUGGCAUUGCAUGCUGUUAAAAGGCAUAUACAUGGUGAGACUUGUGGAUAGUUGCAUCAACAGCUAAAGCUUUCUACAUGCUCUAAAUAUAUAAAGCUAGGCAGAGAGAGAGCGUGGGAGCUUAUAAAUGUUUGUACCAUUGGUAAUGUAAACAAAUAAUUUGGUAGUGAAUGUUGCAGAACAACUCUAGGUAUAAUCAAUUUUUGCUACAAAUUCUUACA